GUCUUAAACCCUCUUGAGUCUUGACUCUUCCCAAAACCCUAUAAACCCUUCCCUUAACCUCAUUAGACCUUUUUCAUUUAUUUGGCUUUAGAGACGAAGAAGACCAUGGCUCAGGCUUUCUACUCCGUACUCCGAAGGGCGUCCUCCUCCGUACUUCCCGUCGCAAUCCGCACCGCCGGAGCUUCGAGAACCUUCCACGCCGCCGCCGCCGCCACGCUCCAGAAGGGCAAUCUCAGCCGCGAUCUCACCCGUGGAAGCUUCGUUCCAUUUCUUAGAUUCUCUUCGGAGUCUGCCGCCAAGCGCAGAGCCGACGAGAAUCUCCUCCAGGUCGUCGAAUCCGAGAUCGAGUGCGCCGAGGAAACCGAGGAUCAGAAUACCAUGGAGAAGAUUCCAAAAGGAUUUCUUUUUAAAAUUAAAGACAACCCUGGAGAAAGGACUAUUCUACUUAAGAGAAAGUUCGAAGAUGAAAUUAUCAAAGUUGAAGUCGACAUGCCCGAUGUCUCUGGGGAUGAUGAGGAUGAGGAUGAGGAAGAUGGUAAGGAUGAUGCCGUUAAUUUUAGCAUUCCUCUGGUUGUAAGUAUCUCCAAAGGCAAUGGAGUGCAACUGGAGUUUGGUGUCACUGCCUUCCCCAGUGAGAUUACCAUAGAUAGCUUGUCAAUUGAGCAGCCGGAUGAUUCUCUGGAGGGGCUUUCGUACGAAGGACCUGAAUUCAAUGAUUUAGAUGAAAACCUACAGAAGGCUUUUCACAACUAUCUUGAGGUUCGGGGGAUCGAGCAAAACAUAACGAAUUUCUUGCACCAGUAUAUGAUUGCCAAAGACAGCAAAGAGUACAUGAACUGGUUGAAGAAUCUCAAGGAUUUUGUUGAGCAUUAAACAACUCAAAAACAGUUGUAUUAGGUAGCAAACAGUAACCUUAAUCUAUGGGAAUAAAGAUCAAGACUUGAGAUUCAAAUAAAAUAAUCUGCUCGGCGGAGUUGAAUUCCGUCGAACAUUUCUGUGGCAAAAAUUUAAGUUUAUUGGGAACCUUGUUGAACCUUUUUUUUCCAGGUUCAUAUAUUUUAUUGUUGUCUUUGUUCAAGUGUGCAGUUGAUGAUGCAAAAAUCCCCUGGUUGAUCUAUUUAAAACAUGCUUAAAUCGAAUUCAAUAUGAGCAAAAUGCUUGACAUAUUGGGUAUGAUGGUCAGCUCUCUAAGCAUAUUUUAAUGAAUUAGCCCUAAUUGUAUCUGUUUUAUGUGACCUCUUGAAGAUU